AAGACGAUUGUAGGCUAUUAAUAUUUAUCAGUUGCCUAAUAGUUUUUAUUUUCCACGAACUGCCUUUCUUUAUCAAACUGUUAAUAAGAUUACACAUGUAGUGGAGGGAUAGGCCUGCGCCUUAUCAAUUACGUAGUACAAUAUAAAAAAUCAUGCACAAAGUAGCCUAUACAAACGCAAAGCAUGUGAAAUAUAUUCACAGCCUAGUUUCAACAGAAUCUCAUCUGUCAGGCAGCAAGAGCGUUCAGCUCUCAACUGGGUACCAGUACAUGCUAACCAAUGCAACAAUGGGUAUGCAACCCAAGUCGACUUCGAAGGCUUGGUUGGAUAUUGACGAUGCGCAAUUCAAUCAUCAUGCGUUGUUUGAAUAAACAUGUCUAAAGGCAUUCCCAAAACACCUUCCCAGUUAAACGUUGACCGCAAGGAUUGCAUCAUAAUGAUUUGUCUCAAUCGGGAAGGCAUUUGUUAAGCAAACUCUGCCAUCACAUGUCGGUCAUUGUACAGUAGCCUACAGAAACACUGCUAGUUUAUGAAGUUUCUUGCUAGGUGCGCAAUGAAUUAGGGGAACCCAGAGCUCAAAAAGUCUCCUGAUGUGGUUUAACAUUGUUGUGGACUUAGAACAUCACAUUUGUUCUGUUUUUCUGUUAAAUGGUGUGCUUUUGAGAGUGAAUCUGAAAAUCUAUAGAAAACAGAAUUGUUCCUUUCCUUCGCUGGGAGGGUCCUAGCGCAUAGAACCCUAGAGGGCGUGGUUCUUCCUGAUGUCGUAUGACAAACAACAUAAAAAGAAUAAUAACACCAUCUUGUGCCUGUUGGGCUACCCAGGUCCCAGCUGUGUAGCCAACUGCGUAGAGUGAAAUUGGGGCUAAACCCCCAGAGAGUUGUAUCUUUGGCUUGAUGACGGUCAUCACUGCAUUUGCAGGUAUGGCCACCAUGUAUGCCAGAUACAAGUUUGUGGAGAAGCUCAAUGAGAAGGCAGGUGGUGUUCCCCCAGUGCUGAACCAGGCUGCUUUAUGGAUUGGAACGCUUUCUUGUUUGGGGAUGUGUUUUGUCGCUACUUUCCAGGAAACAACGAUUAUUCAAGUUCAUGAUGCAGGUGCAAUACUCUUCUUCGUUUCUGGUGUGUUGUACACCAUCCUCCAGUCCAUUAUAUCCUAUAAGACCUUCCCCUAUGGAUGUUCCAUGGCCUUGUGCCAUGUGCGCACAGGAAUGGCAACCAUGGGCUUCCUGGCAGUUCCCCCCACUAUUAUCUUUGCCUUACUGCAUAGAACUGAAGACAAGGACAAUGUGUUCCAUCUGGUGAGUGCUGUGAGUGAGUGGAUCGUGGUCUUCAGCUUCAUCUUCUUCUUCUUCACCUACAUCCACGACUUUAAAAAGUUUAUUCUGAAGCUGAGAACAGAGUUUGUUUCCUGACGAAGCAUCGAUUUUAACCUUUUAAUCUGAAUAUUCACAAAAUCAAGGGUAUUUUUCUGUCCAUUCAGAAACUAUUCAGACCCUUUCACUUUUUCCACAUUUUGUUACGUUACAGCCUUAUUCUAAAAUGUAUUAAAU